AAGCUACUCACAUACCGAGCAAUUUGAGUCGAACCACCUGAAGUUACAGCUACCUGGACUACUUGAUCUAUCCGGAAGUACUAUACAUUAUGUUUCGGACGACCCUACGCUGCCUGACGGCGCGCAACUGCGAGUGGCAUUCACUGACACUGGCACUGACUGGCAGGCUGCCAAUCAUCAUGAUGAUCAAGGAAAGAUCCGAGUCACGGUGGCCCCACGCCGAUGGGUUUGACCCUGAAUCCCGUUUCGCACCGUGUCCGUGACUCGGGCACUGGUACCUGGUACUUCAAGUUAUCAUGAUCCUACCGUGACGUGCCAGUGGUCACGGUCGCUAGUUUGAAAGAGCUCCCCGUGUGCCCGCUUUUAUGGGGAUUGGCCGCCAGGGGCGGGGGCGCGCAGGGUUCUGGCACUCGCCGUGACAUGCUUGCAGCGUGCGCGUCGAAAGCCAGUCGUCGCCGUGGCUUCCAACUUGAAGCGCCCAACAGCUGCGGCUCCAAAGCGGCGCCCGCGCGACCGCGAAUAAAUCUCCCGAAAUACCACGGGGUCUGCGGCGGGCGCUUGCCCGGGCGGUCCGGGCCGCCAAGCGAUGGACUCGUGCUUGGUGCGCCACUCAGGCUGCGAGGACGGUGACAUGUGCCAAUGGCAUAUGUAUGAGGGCAUUUCAAGUUCCGCAGGGAGAAGUGGUGUCACCGUGUCAUCAUGAUAAUUACUUAUGUAUGGCCCC